AGAAGGAAAACAAAAACAAAAGCCAUUAGCAAAAAGCUAGAUUUCUACGGUGUAAACGGCGAGAAAUAUAUUAUCACUACAAAUAUGUUUACUGCGGAUCAGUUGCUGCUUGUUUUAAGGCUGCGGUUUUGUUCCUUUAUUCCUCUCUCCAGGAUUUGGAAUGCUUUGACUGAUAAUUAUGGUAACGUAAUGCCAGUUGACUGGAAAUCAUCCCACACCAGAGCUUUGCACUUGCCAACGCUGAAUCUUUCAGAAAAGGGGGUAAAUGAUAACUUGAACCUUGAUCUGUCAGAUGACGAAGAGCUGAGAGAACAGUUGGACAUGCAUUCUAUCAUUGUUUCCUGCAUCAAUGAUGAACCACUCUUCACAGCGGAGCAGGUGAUUGAAGAAAUAGAGGAAAUGAUGCAGGAAUCACCUGAUCCGGAAGAUGAUGAAACGCCCACCCAGUCAGAUCGGCUCUCCAUACUUUCCCAGGAAAUUCAGACACUCAAGAGAUCCAGUACAAACAACAGCUAUGAAGAGAGAGUAAAAAGAUUGUCUGUUGCUGAAUUAAAUGAACUGCUGGAAGAAAUUGAGACUGCCAUUAAGGAUUAUUCUGAGGAACUGGUACAGCAGUUGGCUCUACGAGAUGAGUUGGAGUUUGAAAAGGAAGUGAAGAACAGCUUCAUUUCUGUCCUCAUCGAAGUACAAAACAAACAGAGAGAACACAAAGAAACAGCAAAGAAGAAAAAGAAGCUGAAAAAUGGUAGUCCUCAGAAUGGCAAACAAGAAAGAGGUCAUAUGCCUGGAACACGCUUCAGCAUGGAAGGGAUCUCAAAUGUCAUACAGAAUGGCUUCCGCCACACGUUUGGAAACUCGGGUGGAGAGAAACAGGUGCUGGGCUAUCUUCUCUCUUUUCCUCAUUCUUUGCCUGCACUUUUG